GAGCACAUGCACGCAUGAGUCCUCUGUCACGUCUGGUGGUGUCUGUAGUUCACUGGCAGACUGUGGGCUGUGAAGGACAGGAAGAUGACUUACUGCAAUGCAAUCGCACCGUCUGGAACGGGGGAGAGUGUGAGAAUCGCCAAGCGGCUGCUGUUUCUUGCAUGCCGGUGGAGACUUCAGUGUUUGUCCCAGUGCGGCUAUCUGGUGGUCCAUCGGCAUAUGAGGGCAGAGUAGAGGUGUAUCAUGCAGGACAGUGGGGCACAGUUUGUGAUGACCAAUGGGAUGAUAACGACGCUGAGGUGGUCUGCAGGCAGCUGGGGUUAGGUGGCAUUGCGAAGGCUUGGGUGGGAGCGUAUUUCGGCGCAGGCUCUGGGCGUGUGUUUUUGGAUGAGGUGAGCUGCACCGGAAAUGAGCUUUCAAUAGAGCAGUGUCCAAAAACUGCCUGGGGGGAGCAUAACUGUGACCACACAGAGGAUGCUGGAGUGUCCUGUGUACCACUUACAGACGGUGCAGUGCGUCUGGUUGGGGGUGUAAAGGGUUAUGAAGGGAGACUGGAGGUCCAUUACAGAGGACAGUGGGGGACUGUGUGUGAUGAUGGCUGGACACAGACUAACACACAGGUCGUCUGCAGGCAGCUGGGUUUCAGGUCAGGGGAGAGUGUAUCAGCAGGGCGGUUUGGGAUAGCGGCAGGUCCUGUUCUUCUGGAUGAUGUGCGCUGUACUGGAAAAGAGCCCACGGUCACACACUGCAGCCGGAGGGGUUGGUUUAAACAUGACUGCACUCACAGACAGGAUGUAGCCAUUGUGUGCAGCCCCCAAUGCUCCAGACAUGGAGUACCCAACAGUUUACCUGUGAGGCUGGUGGGCGGAGAGAAUGAGAGAGAGGGGCGUGUAGAGAUCCUGGUGGGUGGCCAGUGGGGGACGGUGUGCGAUGAUGGAUGGACGGAUCGGGACGCAGAAGUGGUGUGCAGACAGCUGGGUUACAGUGGGCUGGCUAAAGCUCGUGUAAUGGCAUAUUUCGGAGAAGGCGAAGGUCCUAUCCACAUUGACAAUGUAAAGUGUACAGGCGGGGAGCAUUCCCUGACUGACUGUAUCAAACAGCCAUUCGGGACACACAACUGUCGCCAUAGUGAGGAUGCCGGUGUUAUUUGUAACUAUGGGUUACAGCAGGAUUCUCCUGGGGUCAAAGAGGCAGUUGGCUCCAUGUGUGGUCUAAGACUCUCUCACACACGUCAGAAGAGAAUUAUAGGAGGAGAAAACUCUCUACGUGGUGGCUGGCCGUGGCAGGCAGCUGUGCGUUUACGGGGUUCUCAGGCAGAUGGACGCUUGGUAUGUGGAGCUACUUUGAUCAGCAGCUGCUGGAUCCUCACUUCAGCUCACUGCUUUAAGAGGUAUGGGAACAGCACAGGGCUGUAUAAAGUUCGUGUUGGUGAUUAUCACUCUCUGGUCCCUGAGGAGUAUGAGGAAGAGUAUGCCGUGGAGAAGAUCGUCCUUCACCCACGCUACCAUGCAGACAGUAGUGACUAUGACCUGGCACUUCUGCGUGUUUCUGGACACAGAGCUCACAGGGGUGUCACGGGCCAAUGCGUCACACUGAGCCGAUCAGUGCUGCCCGCUUGUUUACCAGUGCGGAGAGAGAAAGUGCCAAAGGGCAUUGCCAACUGCUACAUCACAGGCUGGGGAGAUACAGGUCGUGCAUAUUCCAAAACUCUCCAGCAGGCCUCCAUUUCUGUGUUGAGCAAGCGUCAGUGUGAGCAGCGCUACUCGGAGCAGUUCACCAAUCGUAUGCUGUGCGCCGGCUCGUCCCAUGAUGCCCAGCGUGUGGACUCCUGCCGUGGCGAUAGCGGUGGUCCGCUGGUGUGCGAGAGGCCAAGCGGGAGCUGGGUUGUUUAUGGGGUCACAUCAUGGGGUCACGCGUGUCGCCUGCAGGAAGCACCCGGGGUAUACACCAAAGUCUCCGCCUUUGUGCCCUGGAUUAAGAAAGUUAUUGGCCAGUAGAAAAUUAUGGUGAACAAAAUAGUAUUCUGACUUUGUGGGCAUAAACAAUGAAGCACAUUUUAGAUAAUAUUUUGAAAACUAUUUCUUAACACUAGCUGAAAUUACCUUUUAAACAAGUCUUAAAUGCCAGAGAGAAAGGCUACGCUUUGCUUUAAAGGGGCUAUAUGUACGCAUUUUCAUGUAUUUUAUUGCCAUUGUGAGGUUUAUGAAAGGUUGUAGACUGAUACUGUAGUUGUGAAGGACACAAAAGGAUAUGGUGUUUACAAACGCUCCUGAGAGCCUCUCUUUUCUUCUUUGGCACAUGAACGAGUGCUAUAAAAAUGCUUAAGAUCAUGCUGAAAGAGCCGUACUGUAAUGUCAAUGUGUCAAACGAAGAAAGGAGAUUCAUUUAAAUCACAUCUUGUGGAUGUUUAGUCUGUAGUAGGGAUGUACGAUGUUGAUUAAUUAAUUUAAUUAACGUUAAAAGUAAACCUUUGUGACUAGUCUAACAAACCCACAGACUGUUGAAAAACAGUAUUUAUGGUAUAUAGACUCACUGAACACUUUAUUAAGUAGCUACACCUUACUAUACCAGGUUGGACCCACUUUUGCCUUCAGAACUGCCUUAAUCCUUUGUGGCAAAGAUUUCACAAGGGACUGGAAAA